AUGGUGAAAUGGAGUAGAGAAUGGAGGUGGGAUCUACUCUAAAAAGCUCGGCCAAUAUAUAAAUAUGUUGUCUUUAGCUGGUUAUCAUUAUGCAUAAACAAGAGACCUAGAAAAGAUCGAUAAUAGAAGGAAGAAUCAUUGAUAGAUCUAUGGCCAAAUCCAUUGUUGAAGUUCCUUCUAUGGCCGAAGUCGAGAGAGCCAUUUGUGAUCUCCAAGCCAGUGAUUGGAUUCCGCGUUUGAUGGAUCUUAUAGGCUACCCAAAUCCAUUUUCUCUACUUUCUUCGUCUGUUGAAAGUAGGGUUUGCAAUGUUUUCCAAUUGAUGAAGGAGGGACCUAUCCUGAGAAUGGUUGUCUCCAUAGCAACUGAUAAAGCUGUGUGGAAUGCUAUAAUGGCAAACAAGGAAGUUUCUUCUCUUAGGAACUCCUUUUCCCGAUUCUUAUCUACAGGUAAGGGGAAAGAAAAGGCAAAUGGUCAAGGAAAGGCAAAUGUUAAAGAAAGAGACUUGGGAAUGUUGAUAAUUGAGUGGGUUCUUAGCAUUGGCAAUGACAUUAUUUGUGAUUUUAUUGCGAGGUUCAACUCAUUUCUCGAUAAAACAUUCUUUUUCUCAAACAACAAACCACAACAACAACAACAACAACAACAACAACAACAUGCACCGUCUUCAUCGGAGGAGCAUACACUAAGAUUUACCUAUUUUCUAUCAGGCGUCGUAUUUCUAUUAGUUGUGGUUGCUAGAGCUAUGGGAUUAUAACUACAUAAGACAGUGUAGUAAAACUUAGUGAGAAAUGUCGCAACAAAAUGGAGCCAACUUUGGAGAAUCUCGUCUUGGAGCCAACUGUGGAGAAUCCUUGAGGAUAUGAGACUGAAAUAGUUUUUUUGGAAUUGGAUCAAACUUUUAAACAAAAUUCAAAUUAUUUGAAAAUUUAGAGAUGAAGAUAGAAUAAGGUAACAAACUAAGGCAAUUACAGACAAGUUGUUGGGUUACCAUAUUGUUGGGAUAUUUUAAGUGAAAAUUUUCAUUACUGAUUGGAUUUU